AUGAGAGGAAACCCAUGUCCGAUUUUAAAGGGGGCGAUCCAUCUUAUUGGAUCCUAUCCAAAUUUUUCUUUUGCUAGGCCCGUAGUUAAAAAACCAACUUUCUUACGAUUACGAGGUUCAUUCGAAUAUGAAAUCCAAUCCUGGAAAGACAGUAUCCCACUCUUUUUUGAUACUCAAGGUUUCGAUACAUUUCGAAAUAGAGAAAUUUCUAGUGGAGCGGGUGCUAUACGACAACAAUUAGUUGAUCUGGAUUUAAGAAUUAUUAUGGAUUCUUCGUUGCUAGAAUGGAAAGAAUUAGGAAAAGAGGGGUGCAAUGACAAAUGGAAAAAUCAAAAAGUUCGAAGAAGAAAGAAUUUUUUGGUUCGACGCAUGGGAUUAGCUAAGCAUUUUCUCCUAACAAAUAUAGAACCAGAAUGGAUGGUUUUAUGUCUCUUACCAGUUCUUCCUCCCGAAUUGAGACCAAUUAUUCAAAUAGAUGGCGGUAAACUAAUGAGUUCGGAUAUUAAUAAACUCUAUAAAAUAGUUAUCUUUCGGAAUAAUACUCUUAUUGAGCUAUUAAGAACAAGUGGAUUUACACCAGCGGAAUUAGUAAUGUCUCAAGAAAAAUUGGUACAAGAAGCCGUGGAUGCACUUCUUGAUAAUGGAAUCCGCGGACAACCGAUGAGGGACGGUCAUAAGAAAGUUUACAAAUCGUUUUCCGAUAUAAUUUCGGGCAAAGAGGGAAGAUUUCGAGAGACUCUUCUUGGAAAACGAGUUGAUUAUUCGGGGCGUUCUGUUAUUGUCGUAGGUCCAUUACUUUCAUUACAUCGAUGUGGAUUGCCCCCCGAAAUAGCAAUAGAGCUAUUUCAGACAUUUCUAAUUCGUGGUUUAAUUCGAAACCAUAUUGCUUCGAACAUAGGAGUUGCUAAGAGUCAAAUCCGGGAAAAAGAACCAAUUGUAUGGGAAAUACUUCACGAAGUUAUGCGGGGACAUCCAGUAUUGCUGAAUAGAGCGCCUACUUUGCAUAGAUUGGGCAUACAGGCAUUUCAACCCAUUUUAGUAGAAGGACGUGCUAUUUGUUUACAUCCAUUGGUGUGUAAGGGAUUCAACGCAGACUUUGAUGGGGAUCAAAUGGCUGUUCAUGUGCCUUUAUCUUUGGAGGCUCAAGCAGAAGCUCAUUUACUUAUGUUUUCUACUACGAAUCUCUUGUCUCCGACUAUUGGGGAUUCUAUUUCUGUACCAACUCAAGAUAUGCUUAUUGGACUUUAUGUAUUAACUAGCGGAAAUCGUCGAGGUAUUUGUGCAAACAAGUAUAAUUGGUUUAAUUGCAGAAAUUCUCAAAAUGAAAAAAUGAGCAAUAAUAACUUUAAGAACUUGAAGUAUAUGAAAAAAAAAGAACCCUGUUUUUGCAAUUCCUAUGAUGCAAUUGGAGCUUAUAGACAGAAAAGAAUAAAUUUGGAUAGUCCUUUUUGGCUCCGGUGGCAAAUACAUCAAUGCAUUAUGUCUUCAAGAGAAGUUCCUAUCGAAGUUCACUAUGAAUCUUUUGGUACCUAUUAUGAGAUUUAUGAGGAUUAUUUAGUAAUAAGAAGUAUAAAAAAAGAAAUUCGUUGUAUAUACAUUCGAACCACUAUUGGUCAUAUUUCUUUUUAUCGAGAAAUCGAAGAAGCUAUACAAGGUUUUUCUCGAGCCGAUUCAUCAUAUAGUAUCUAA